AUGGCCGCGGACAAGAGCGAUCCCUUUCGUGACCUGUACUUUGGCGGCGUGACCUCCGAGUACCGGUCCUUUCGACGGAAGGUCUUGCUUCACAUCGCGUCCCUGGAGACCAAGAAUGUCAAGCUAGCCGGGCCGCGUCUCUUGACUCGCCUUACAGGAGAGGCCUGGAAAGCAACCGAGCACCUGUCCGUAGUCGAUCUUCGUGGUGAAGGUGGCUGGCUUAAGGUGCUUCAGGCGUUGGACGCUCACUACAAGUACCUGCCGGAGACCGAGCUCAAUGAGUGCGUGGACGACUUCCUGUUCUACCUCAAGAAGCGACCGAAUGAAGGAGCCACAGCCUUCACUUCACAGUUCAAGGCAACACUGAGCCGCCUUGAGACGCUGGUUGCCGCGGACAAGGCUGCACGCAAGCAGUCCAAGGCACGACGACGUCGCCGUCGAGCAGGAGAGCGUGUCGAAGCCCAGGCUGCUGCAGCGGCUGCGGCUGCACCAAAGGCGAGCGCCAAGACAGUUGGAAGCUUCGUGGGGGAGCAGUCCCCCAAGAAAGGGAAGAAAGCUGGAUCCCAUGGGUCAGCCGAGUCCGGCCAUGGGUCGCACAAGGCGGACGAAGAGAAAGCCCAGAGGAUCAUGCUCCAGCAGCUUGGCCAGCUGGAGGUUGGACAUAUGAAGCUGAAGGCAAUCUUCCCCGAGGUUGUGCUUGGCCACUUGUACAUGAAGAAGUACGGCCUGACUCGAGAGCAACGCACCACAGUGGUGCGGGCGACCGGGGGGAGCUCCCGGUUCCGUGAUGUCGGGCGCAUCAUGCGGGCCAGCGACUUUGAGGAUCGCCGCCCAGAGAGCCAGCGUGGACAAGGUUCCCGAGACUUCCGUCGGGAAGCUGUGCUGGAAGCUGGAGAAGAGAGCCAGUCCAUGUCCGAACCUUCCUUGGUGCCCUCCGACGAGGAGGUCUACGAGACGGACCUCGAGACGGAGGAUGACGAGACGGCUGCCGAGCUGCAGGAGAUCUUCGAGGCCCAGAAGAAGGCGAAGGCAAACGUGAAGAAGUUCUACCGCGACUACCGGACAAGCCGCAAGAAAGUCAAGGAGAUCAAGAAAAGCCGCCAGGGAUAUAUGCCAGUGGUUGCUGUCCUUCCUGAUGAUCCUGGGCCAUCUCGUGCCCAAGCAGCAGUCCCGACUUUCAAGUAUGACCGCAAGGGCGGCAAGGAAGAUGGUCGGCGAAAACCGAACCGGCCAAAGAAGGAAGAGGUAAACAUCCUGAGCAGUCAGGCGCUUACCGAGUUUGCCUACAUGCUCUCCGAGGCCCCCGACGACCUCGAGAUCUACCUGGCUUCCGUCCCCUGCGGCAGUGCAGUCAUUGACACGGGCUGCACCUCCUCCUUGGCGGGCAAGAUAACGGCCAGCAAGCUUGAGAAACUUCUCGCUGAACGUGGUGCGCAAGGGCCCGAGUCGUUGGAGCUUCCGCCCGUGCAGCUCAAAGGCUUCAACGGCGCCAAGACCACGUCAAAAGAAGGACUACGCUGGACCGUCAAGCUUGGCAACCUGGGGGUUCUGGAGGGCAUGAAGGCUACGCUGGACUUAGGCUCUGUCACGAUGUCCAGUGAGAAGCACGGCAUCCAGAACAUGAAGCUUGGACAGGCGGCCAACGGUAGCAGUGAACCAGAUGUGUCAGCCUGGGAGGAGAGACCUGUGGGCAAGCACCGGUCCACCUUUGACCAUGCUGGAGAUGAGCUGAGUGAAGCUUCCGAGUCCGAGCUGGAUUGGGGAGCGACCACUAGCAGCAAGGGCCGCAUCGCCCAUCAGGUUUCAGAAGUCAGUCGUGCGCCUUUCCAGCUUGCACUUGCAGCCUUGCGUGAAGAACCCGACCGGGACCAUUGA